CGGGGGCGGGGCCGCGGCCUCCUGGCGGAGCGGCUGCCGCGCGGGGCGGCGGCGGCGGAGCGAUGGCGUGCGGGGGCUUCGCCUGCUCCAAGAACUGCCUGUGCGCCCUCAACCUGCUCUACACGCUGGUGAGCCUGCUGCUGAUUGGAAUUGCAGCAUGGGGAAUUGGCUUCGGCCUCAUCUCUAGUUUCAAAGUUGUUGGAGUGGUAAUUGCAGUAGGAGUCUUCCUCUUCUUUAUUGCCUUAGUUGGAUUGAUUGGUGCAGUGAAACAUCAUCAAGUGUUGCUAUUCUUUUACAUGAUUAUUCUUCUGCUAGUCUUUAUUGUUCAGUUUUCUGUCUCCUGUGCCUGUUUGGCAUUAAAUGAGGAACAGCAGAGUGAACUUCUAGAGGUGGGAUGGACUAACACCAACAGUGCAAGAUCAGAUAUUGAGAGAAAUCUGAAUUGUUGUGGAUUCCGAGUUUUCUAUUCGAAUGCAACCUGCGCUGCUGAUUGUCUUAGAACUCUCCACUGUAGACCGUGUGCACCGAUAAUGGAGGAAUAUGCUGGAAUGGUGCUGAGAUUUGUCGGAGGGAUAGGACUCUUCUUCAGUUUCACAGAGAUUCUGGGAGUCUGGCUGACCUACAGAUACAGGAACCAAAAGGAUCCCCGUGCAAACCCUAGUGCAUUUAUUUGAUAAACUUAUAAAGGACUAAAUCUUCUCUCUGCACCCUCUACUUAAAAAUACUGAUUCUCCAUAGUUUGGUAUUUCUCCAUAAUAGAUAUUCUUCAUGUACCCACAAUAAAACUCAAGUUCUGUAAGAAAUGUGUAGUUUUCAUAUUUAAUUUUUACUGUUUUUCUUCUAAGAAUCUCUAUCUUAAAGUAGAUGGGUGCAUUCAGUAGCUGGGCAGAGUUGAACUGCUGGUUAAGGUUUUGUUAAUUGAUAUGGUGAACUCUAUACAAUGAGUUUUAUAGCACUACUGAGUUAUCUGGUGUAAAAGAAAACCCCAGAGGUAUUUUCUGCUGUAUUCAUUGAUUACAAAAAUUCACAUGAAUUCUCAUAAAAAUAAAAAUUUAUGGUGGAUGGUUGGGUAUGAUUUACUUAGGUUUUAGGAUGUACUCUUGUAAACUUUUGUCUCCCACUUUCCUGUUGAAAUAAAAAUAGAAACUAGAGAUGUUAUUUUCUAUAGUGCACAUAAGUGUAUGUUAAUGACUACUGUAGUCUUCAACCCUCCCCUUCCCUGUUUGUUUUGCUUUUCUUGUAGCUUUAGAAUUUUGUUGAGAAUAAAAACAAUGUUAAUGAAUACUGUCAUUAUGAGAACAAUGAAUGAAGAAAACCAGGAGAAUGUAAUCUGCAGCUGAUUAACUUGAAAUUUUUUCCCUUGACAAGUGAAUUUGCACAAUCAAUGUCUGUCAUCUCUGAUGUAAGAAACCUGAUAUCUGGAAAGUUGUUGUACAGCUAUUUUUUUUUAGAUGGUGUAAAGUCAUUGUUGUAAUAACUCAGCAGUGUAUAUUUCUGUGUCAUCCAGAUAACAGUCUUGAUUUCAUGAGAGAUUGAAUGAUGUGUAAAAAAAAAAAAAAAAAGAAAAACAGCAACAAAAAAUGGUUUCCAGUAGUUUGUUUUCUGAAAACAAAAAAUUCAAGUUAGUACAUUAUCCAUGUAGAAAGUAUUGUCUGAGCUGAAGGAAACUGUGGUCCCUCUUGCUGUCUGUAAAAGAAAUGGUACAUCAGCUGAAACAGAAGACAUCUAAACACCCAAGGUGCACAAUAUUCCAUUUGUUUCUAAUCAUACUGAAUUGCAGAUCUACACUGCACCUUUUCUUCAUUCAUUAUUCACUUACUGCUGCUGGCAGGGUAGGCAGUUGCUGUAGCCUGAAAGACAAGUCUACAGGAAGAAAAGAGGAAGAGUGUUAAAGCCCUCUGCCAAGAAAUACAGUACCUGAGCAAGGUGGAAAGGAAGUCUGGCAGGAGACAGAAGUAGAUUCUCAUAUAGUUGCCCUUUACUAGAGAAAUCACUCCUUAUUCCUACAGAGGAGGCAAAAAGAAGUUGAAACACAUGCCCACCAAAGCACUUUCAGCCUUUCAUGGACGGAGUGCUCCUGAAGAAGGAAUCAUUUUGAGGUUUUGAAGGGGAAGAGCAGAAACUGAAAGCAGAGGGAUGUCAAGAACUUGCUAUAGAACUGCUUAGCUCUUCAGGUAUAGCUGAGUUUUCAGCAUCCAUGGUCAGCACCUUCUCAUGGAGCUGCUCUGGGAGCUGCUGCUGUGCCUGGCUUGAGCACAUACCUGAGAUCCAGGGUACAAGCCCACUUGUGUGCUGAAACCUUAAGAGCCUUCAGGCCUGCUGAAGUCUGAUACAAUGUACACAGCACUUUCCUUCUCCCAGUUGCUGUCCUGUUUCCCCCAGCUGCUCCCCAGCCAUUCCCAAUGCAUGUCAAGAGAACAGUGGUGAUUUCAUGGCCGCCUUUAGGAACAGUUCAUUUUCCUGGUCAGACAGACUAUGUGUUUUGUGCAUUACUUGUGCAUUACAGUAAUAAAUCCAAGGAGUUGUCAUAGGGAGAGGGUUAAUGAAGCUUAAAAUAAUACCACAUUGCUGCUUCAAUUUUGACUUUCUUUUUUCUUGAUUGCUUUUGUAGUGCUUAGUUUUGGAUGGAUCUGGUUUCAUAAAUAUGGUAGAUGAUACUGGAGUGUAAAUGUGCACCAAUGCAAAAACACUGAAAAUAUUACCACUUCCAAAACUCA